AUGUAAAAUAAAAAUUUCCUUCAGUAGAGAUAUAUUACCAGCUAUGGAAAAGAUGAAUCAAUCUUUGUAGGCUAUACAGGCAAGUUGCUGAAAUAUGCUGUGAAUACAGAUAAUAAAUAAUUUGGAUAGUUUAAUUAAACAAAAUUAUAGAAAAGAUUUGAAUUUACAAAUCAAUAAUUUUCCUUGGCCUAAUUAUUCAACGAAGAUGAUGGAUUUUCAUAUUUUAUUGGAGUUAAAAACGAAUAAAUAUAAAUUGGUUAAUUAUUAAUAAAUGAUAAUUCUUAUAAAAAAAAUUAUGAAUAUAUACCUAUUAAUAUUUAGGCUCAGUAAUUAUAAGGUGCUUUAAACAAUUAUUAAGUAUUUAUAAUAGGACUUAGUGAUAAUGAUACAAUCUAACUUUAUUAAUAUUAAUAAUAAACAUUUUACAAUCCAUUUAUUACUCCUCCUCAGAGUUUAAUUUUAAAUAAUAAUUUUAUUAAUUUUUCAUAACUUGUAAUAAUUUGAUAACUUUGUAUAUAUGAAAAAAAUUUAAUAGUGACUAAUUUUACUGCUUUAUUAAUCAAUAACGAAAAAAUGAUUAAUAAAUUAUUUUAUACUGACAAUAAGCUAAAAUUUAAUCCUAUUUAAAUAGCUAUAAAUACAUAGUAAUUAUGUUAAUGUUUAUUUAUCAAUAAUAUUAAUAAUGUCAUAAUAAUUCUGUCUAUCUUUUAAAAUAAUACACUAAUUUCAAAUUCAAUCAUAGAUGUUAAAUUCUAAAUUAAAUAUAUCAACAUUGUUAAUCAAUAAUUAAUGUUAUCUUAUAUUUGCAAUUAAGGGCUUGAUCUUUGUUUCUAAGUUUGGAGUAUAACAAAUUUAAAAUAAAUAUUUUUUAUAAAAAAUCUGACCAAUUUAUUGUAUAAGAUAUCGUUAAAUACUAGCAGAUACCUUGUUUUUUAUGUUCAAUUUCAAAUUAAACUAUUUAUAUUUACAAUCCUUUAUUACCUUAACAUCCAAGCUUAUAUUAUAAACUCAAUUUAUCAUCGAAAUUGAUUUGCAUUGCUUAAUGGUCUAUAUAAUCUUUUUGUAUUUUGAAAACUAGAUCAAUUCAUUAUUAAGAAAAAAAAGUUGUAAACUUCAAGUAAAUUAAUCUUAAAAAUUUGAACGCUCUUACCCAUAAAUGAUUUAUAAUUAUACUGUUAAUACUUUGUUAAAUUUAACUACUUAAUUUAACUAAAUUAAAUAAAUAAUGAAAAUUAAUUUUCUAAUUAUAAUCUCUAAAACUAAAAUAACGAAAAAUUUUUUAAUGUAAGAUUUAAAUUUAACUGAUCGAACUUUUAUAAUUACUAUGGUUAUAAUCCUUGAUAGGCAGGCAAGUCUUUGUUAUUUUCCUAAUAGGUCUGAUAUUGAUAACCUUGAUUAAUCUGAUUUACUACACUUUUCAAAUAAUGUAUGCAUAAUUGCACAUUAGUAACUGCAGUAAAUAAUAAAUUUUUUGUUCUGUAAAACAACUAUGUGCUCUAAACUUUCAAUUAGUGUUUUGCAUUUCUUUAACCUUAAAAUUAUUUUAAAUUGA